AAAAAAUGUUAUUUGAUAAAACCAACUAAAAUGUCUGCCAACGUUGGGAUUGUUGAAUACAUAAUAUACAAUUAAACGUGUACUUAGUUUUGGUAAAAUGUCGCGGACUUUAAUUUGCAUUGUUUGAAGUGAUGUUUUUAAUUUAAAUACAUGAAAAAAUGAUUACUACAAUCCAUACAAAUAAGCAAUAGCCGAGUACAACAAAAACAAUUGACGAACAAAUCAUUUUUGACGAGUAGGUAAUAAAUUAUAAGGUAAAAUUUACUUGAAUCGUAUUAUUGUUAAUCGUUCAACCGACUAACAGCUUUUGACUCUGUUCGUCGUUGUAUGAUAUUACUUUAUAGACACCGUCGGUGUUUAAAACCAUCAUGCAUUUUUAAUUAUUUGAGAUGAUUGUUAUUUCCUUAAGUACAUAGUAUGACUAAACGACUAAACCCCUUUUAUAACACAAAUGUUUCAAAUUACUUACAUAAUAUUAAUUAUUUUUCGUUUGAAUUCAAAUUACCUAAUUUAUAAACAUAAUAUAAUUCUUAUACUAUUAUUUUAUUGAUGUUUCAAGGUUGUAACCAUAAGUUAUUAAAACUCAGUAAUUUAUUAAACUAAAAUUAAAACAAAUUUUUAAUUUGAAUGGCCCAUUAUUAACGUGACCAUAUAUGCCGUUUUUGGUGGGACAGUCACACGUUUGAGCUAUGUGUCCCGCUGUCUCCGAAUAACUCAUAAAAUGCCCCUCCUUGAAAGUAAUGUGAUUGUGGAAAUGCAUUCUAUCGAAAAGGGGAUAUUGCAGCACAACUUUGCCUGACAAAAUGUAAAAUAUAUUUAAUAACAUUUUACAGUUGAGCCAUUUUAGUAAUUUGCUUAUGGGUUAUUGAAAUUUCAAAAAAUCUGGGUAAUUAAAUUUUAAAUAGAAUUAAUAUCAUUAUAUGAAAAUAUAUACAAAUUUUGGAUACUGUGUUUCAUGAUUCAAUAGCAGAAAACAAUACCUACUAGUUAGAGGUCUGCUGAUUCAAAAAAUAUAGAAAACAAGCUACUCUCCCAGUAUUGGAUUAGCUCUUUUUCAUUUUCUUAUUUUUAAUAAAUAAAUAUAGUAUAAUAUGUAUUAUAUUUAUUAAAUCUAUUAUUUAAUUUAUUAUUGAAUAAUUUGUUUUAUUACAUUCUACUGUAUUUUACAAUAUUUGUACAGUUAUGUUAGAAGAAUAAUAAAAAUUGCUGUGCUUUUCUGUUGAAAUGUGCAGUUGUCCCGCUCUAAAGGAAAAAAUUAUGGUUUCGUUACCCAUGAUUCAUAUCAAAGUAUUAUAACAACACUAUAUAAAACUUAAAUUUAUGAACAAUUUACUGUCAAUAAAGAGAUGUUCAGGGCAGACAAUUUUUUUAUAAACCGGAUACUGAGAAUUGGCCAAAUAAUAAUAUUAAUACAAACCGGAUACUAAGUAUUAUCUAAGUAAUAGAUAAUGUUAUUACAAAACUGGAUACAUAUCAUUACACAAUUUUUGAACUAUAAGUAAAAACUGAAUAAAUCAUCAUUAUAUUCAUUAGUUAAAAUAAACAAUUAUUAUGAAUAUUAUAUUAUAAACUAUAUAUAAAUUCUCAGAAUAUAAUGAAAAUAAGCAUAUAAAUAAAUUAUGCCUACUGUAGGAAUAUAUUUUUUGUUAUAUUAAUAAAUAUAUAAAUAUAUAUACAUACUUAUAUAUUUACAAAUAGUAUUUUGUAUUUCCUCCGGUAUCUGGGUAUUGGUCUGGUAAAAAUGUAUUAUUACGCCGGGUAUUGGGUAGGAGUUGAGUCCUAAAUAUGAUAUAUUAUUGUCAUUACUGGAUACCUGGAAAAUCGCUAGUUAACAAUAAUUAUAUCUAUUAAAUGCCAAUCAUAUAAUUAGGGAUGUACCUAAAUAAAUUUUAGUAAAUUGUAAAAUUAAUUAAUCAUUUUCUGAAAGUAUAUUAUGAAUUUGAAAUGGAUGUCGUGUAAAAUAUCUAAAUGGUUAAAAAGAAUGAUUAUUUAAGUCCUUUAACAUUUAUUAUAAUUAACAGUAGUUAUCUUUGUAUUAAUAUAUUUUACUUUGAUAAUAAUUUUGUUUGGAAGUAAUUAAGGGUGGUGUAAGUUCAGGUUCAUUUUAUAUGUAAAAAUAAUAAAUGUUAGAUUCGAAGUUGAUCACAGAAAUAUAAGAACAUAUAUGAAUAGUAUUAAAUACAAUUUUAGAUUAGACCCUUGAUUAUGUUUUUAAACUAAUAACCAAUUUUAUUUCAACGAAAAGAGGCAGCUUUUAAAUUUUAAAGUCAUCUUAAUAAAUCUCUAAUGACUGCUCAUAAAUUAUAUUUAGCCCCUAAAAUUCUAGAGUGGAUUAUACGAUAAGAUCAUAAUAUAUUAUAAUGUCUACUUGUAAAAACUAAUUCCGACCCUACCUACUUAAAUAAUAUUUUUAAUGUUAAAUGAAACUAGGUAGUUGAAUAAUUUUUAUAUAAUAGUUCAAUAAAAACAUGUAAAACUUCUUAUAAAAUAUUAUGAUGUAAUUAUUAAACUUAGGUUAGAUGUAUUUCACAUUACUACACUUUACUAAGGACCUAUCCAUUUAAAGAAUGUAAAUAGUAUCAAUUUGUAUAGUAAAUUAACAUGUUUUUUUUUUAUUUUUGUUUUUACAGAGUUUAAUUAUCAAAUCUGAAAUCAUACACUUAAAUUGAAUAUGGAUGUAAAAUUGAUUUUAAGCAUAAUUUUGAUGCUAUCAGUUCCACUUGUAACACCAAUUCGGUGGUUCAUGCAUCCAAAUACACAAAAAUGUUUACGAGAAGAACUUAGACAAAAUGUGUUAGUAAAAGGUGAUUAUGAGAUUGUUCCGAUUGAAAAUCAGUUUAUGGAUUACGUGGUAAGGGAUUCUAAAGGACAUAUUCUAGCUAAUAAACAGGAUAUUACAAAAGGAAAGUUUACAUUUAGUACUGAAAAUUAUGAUAUGUUUGAAAUUUGUUUUAAUUCACGUGUACCUGGAUAUCAAAGAGGAUUAGUGCAAGAAGUUUCAUUAAAUAUUAAGACUGGUAUUGAAGCCAAAACAUAUGAAGGCCUAGGUGAAGUGGCUAAAUUAAAACCUUUGGAGUUGGACCUAAAAAUGUUGGAAGAUUUAUCAUCAUCCAUUGUUCAAGACUUUUCAGAUAUGAAGCUUCGUGCUGAUGAAAUGCGCAAUACAAAUGAGUCAACAAGUAGAAGAGUUCAUUGGUUCAGCACGCUUAGUAUUUGUUGUUUAUUUGGAUUAAGUUUAUGGCAGAUCUUUUACUUAAGAAGAUAUUUUAAGGCUAAGAAUCUUAUCGAGUAAUAUUAAUAUCUAUUGAAAAUGUAUUUUUUUCUUUUCCAUUAAAAUAUGCAUUAGUUUGAAUUCAAAAUUAAUUUGUUUAAAACAAUUUUUCAUUGAAAAAUAAAUACUUCAAUUCUGAAAUAUCUAUAUUAAAUGGAAUGUUUAUUACAAUUUGGGUAAAUAUGUAUUUAAAAAUCAAGAAAAACAGUAAUCAUGCACCUAUAA